GAAGGGCGGUCCAGGCGACAGCGUUCCAACUGAAUACGCCUCUAUAGUCGGCCGGGGAUAAGCCGGGUGGUAAGAAUCUGUUCUGCGUGGGCCGUCACGGUGCCCUGGAAAGCGGCCGGAAUAAUCACACCCCCGCUCCGGAAGUGAGCAUCUUCUGGCGCGGUGCAUUGUGGGGGGCGUAGUCCUCCUUCCCAGGCGGUCCUUCGCGGCGUCCCCGGGGCCGACUCCGGAGCGCAGGCGGGCGGCCGGGCGGGCGGCGCAGCGCGGGCCGGCGGGAAGCGUAUUCUGGGCACGGGGCGCCGGGCCAGGCCGGCCGCGCCGGGCGGCAGUAGUGGGAGGCCGCCUAGGCCCCGCGCGGCGCCGCCCGUCGAGGGGCGGGCGGCGGCAGACCGACCGGGCCGUCGAAGGGCUCAGGAGGCCGGUGGGCCGGGCCGAGCCGGGCCGCGCGGCGCAGCCAUGCCAGGCUUUACGUGCUGCGUGCCGGGCUGCUACAACAACUCGCACCGGGACAAGGCGCUGCACUUCUACACGUUUCCCAAGGACGCUGAACUGCGGCGCCUGUGGCUCAAGAAUGUGUCCCGCGCUGGCGUCAGUGGGUGCUUCUCCACCUUCCAGCCCACCACGGGCCACCGACUCUGCAGCGUCCACUUCCAGGGCGGCCGCAAGACCUACACUGUGCGGGUCCCCACCAUCUUCCCGCUGCGCGGCGUCAAUGAGCGCAAAGUAGCGCGCAGACCCGCGGGGGCUGCAGCAGCCCGCCGCAGGCAGCAACAGCAGCAGCAACAGCAGCAGCAGCAGCAACAACAACAACAGCAGCAGCAGCAGCAGCAGCAGCAGGCGUCGCCCUCAGCCUCCACAGCCCAGGCCUCCCAGCUGCAGCCGAACCUGGUGUCUGCCUCUGCUGCUGUGCUCCUCACCCUUCAGGCCGCUGUAGACAGCAGCCAGGCUCCGGGGUCCGUUCCCCCAGCGCCCACCACUCCCACCGGCGAAGACGUAAAACCCAUCGACCUGACCGUGCAAGUGGAGUUCGCCGCUGCAGAGGGCGCAGCUGCCGCAGCCGCCGCGUCGGAGCUAGAGGCAGCUACGGCAGGGCUGGAGGCCGCAGAGUGCCCUAUGGGCCCCCAGCUGGUGGUGGUGGGGGAAGAGGGUUUCCCUGAUACUGGCUCCGACCACUCGUACUCCUUGUCGUCAGGCACCACGGAGGAGGAGCUCCUGCGCAAGCUUAAUGAGCAGCGGGACAUCCUGGCGCUGAUGGAGGUGAAGAUGAAAGAGAUGAAAGGCAGCAUCCGCCACCUGCGUCUCACCGAGGCCAAGCUACGAGAAGAACUCCGUGAGAAGGAUCGGCUGCUUGCCAUGGCUGUCAUCCGAAAGAAGCACGGAAUGUGAAUGGGUCCGUCCCCCUUCGGCUUGCUGGGCUCCUGGACCCUUCUCAGCCUACAGGGACCUUAGGCCGCUGCUGUUGAACUCCCCUAUACUCCUGGGGCACUGGUUGACAGUACUGAAGCUUAGGGCAGCUGGACUCUCUUGCUGGUGACCUGACACCCUCUCUUGUUUUCUCCUGAAGCAAGGUCCUGAAGUCUGGGAUCUCAGACUCUGCACAGGUGACACCAGCAAUUAUGACUUUGUCCCCCACUCCCCACCUCACCUCCAGUUUAUGUUGCAGGAUCUGCUUAAGCAGAGGCUUCAGAACCACUGACCUUGAAAAUGACCCACUCAGGAUGCAGGUCGGAUGCCCAAGACUAUGGGUUUGGGAAGACAACUGCUUGAGGUUGGCCAGCAUUGAGACAACUCUUCCGGGUGUAGUGAUAAGAGAUCCAAGUAACAUCAGUUCUCCUUUUAGUGCUUUUCCUUCCCAGGUGCAGCCUGUGAUUCCGAUGGGGACUGGCAGAUCUGUGCCUCUGCCUAUAAGGACCUCCCUCCCUCCCCAGGAGGCCAUCUACAAGGGGAUCUAGGUGACCUGCUGAUGAUCCAGCUUGCCAGGGACUUAGGUUUAUCCUGUUAUGUUUGCUACUGGUUACAAAUUCUAUUUUCUGUACAAUUAGUCAGACUAAAGUUUUCACUGUGUUUGUUUGGCAAAACGAAUUAAACAGAAAGUAAGGUUUUAA